AUCCCAGUGUGUUCACAGAGCAGGCAUAUCUCUCACAUCCCGCCUGAGAGGUUCAGCAGGGAGCGGAGCUGAUGUGUGAAACCGCAGGUUUUCAUUGAGCUCUCGGCUGUUAUCUCCAUCAGCUGGGCCGUUAUUUAACAGCAGACGGGUGGUCUCGCAGUUUGUUUUUUGUUGUUUUUUCCCCCCUCCUCCCACUCGCUUAUUCUCUGACUCGAGGCGGAAAAAGUUGAGAAACUGGAGGAACACAUUUUUUGCAAACUUUUACAUCCAUCACCCUGCAUGAUAGGCAUGAUGUUAAGCCAAACACUGAUGGAGGCUGCAGCAGCGGCUUAUCGUCCGUAUUAAUAACAUGAGCAGAGGCAAGAUGAAGCUGAACAUAUUGGCUCGACCAUUACACUGGGGCCUCCUGCUUCUUUGUAUCUUAGGCUGCUGCAGCCAGCUAGUGUCCACUGGCAACCAAAGCUCCCGAGGGCAGACAGGGUCAAAGCAGGAGAGGACAGGGACUUGUGAAGUGGUUGCUGCCCAUCGGUGCUGCAACAAGAACAAGAUUGAAGAACGCUCUCAAACAGUCAAGUGCUCCUGCUUCCCAGGACAGGUGGCGGGGACAACGAGGGCUCUGCCCUCUUGUGUUGAAGCGUCUAUUGUGCGUCAGAAGUGGUGGUGUAAAAUGGAGCCUUGUCUUGAGGGGGAGGAGUGCCGAGUUCUCCCUGACCUCACUGGUUGGUCAUGCAUCUCUGGGAACAAAGUAAAGACCACAAAGGUGGCGCGGUAGCAAGGCAGAAGCUCAAUCUAAUCAGCACAAGGCCGUCUCUGCCUGCAGCAGUCACCUUAACUAACACUGGACUCUGAGGACAGUGAACGCCCCGUCAGAUAGAGCAAAGAACAUUAUAGAUUUAAUUAGAUAUCUCCUGGCUGAGCUUUAAACUACAGGAACUCAUUAUUUUAAUUUCUUUUGGUUUGAACACAAUUUUGGUUGGGGUUAAUCCCAUGGAGUUUACAAUCUAUUAGCAGCUGACUCAAGAUAAAAAUGACGCAGCACCUUUUCCCCCCAAGUCCAAACAGGCAGCUACUGCAAAAGCGAGCAUCAUUGUUUGAGUGCUUGAUAUGCCGAGCACAUUGCGAUUCACUCAAUCAAAGUUUGGAUGGGUCUGCUGGCAGAAACUUAAAAGGAGAUUCUGUGGAUUUUCAGGAGGCAGAGUGUGAAUCCAGCAAUGGGCUCGUGACUCUCUUUGCCCAUCAAAGCAGAAGACCACAAACACUGAGAAAUUUAUGAUUAUGUAGCAUAUGUAAACAAUGCUGUCCUGUAGAUUUACACUGAGCUUUGCAAAGGGGUCAGAUCCCUUUGGACUACUUCUUACCAUGAAGAGGCACUCUCACAAACACGCCUGCACAAACAUACGCACACACACACACACACACACACAAAUGCUGUUUUUUCGACUGACUGGACAGGCUGCCACCUGCAAGGCUGUGAUGGCGUGCGCACAAGCAGGAAGCUCUGAUGCAAAACAAGGACUGUUUGAAAUGCUAAUCAUGGGGGAGAAAGGGGAGAGAGAAGAGAAGAGGAGCUCCUUCACUGUUGAGAGUAUUUACAUCAUGCUUUUGUUUGUCUCUCGAAACUGAGUGCUCCUGUGGUGGGAACUCCGCUUAUAGUUAUAAUGGGAAACAUUGGAGGUUCUGUCUGCCUUGAAGCAAAUGGUGGCCGCCAACAGAACACAAUGUUUACCAUUAAUAUCACCUCAUCAGUUGUACUCUUUACACGAAUAACAUUCCUUCUGAAUCCACAUUGAUUGCCUCUCCUUUAUCUCUUGACUUCAGCCAGACACUUUGCCUUUUACCUUUGUAAUGAUGAGACAUUUUAUAAUAACACGAGCACAGUGACUGCAAAUCAUCCCUUCUGAGGCAGCAGACUUGUAUGAAUGCUACACGCUGUGCUGGCUGAAAGCCACUGAUUUCUGAGCAGUUUGCUCAACAUUUACUUAACGCUCUAAUGCACUGUCAUUGUUUUGGUAGCUGGCAAGAUUCUGCACAGAGCUGUAACGCGGUACAAGGCAAUUUAUGCUCCACUUUGACAACAUUCAAGUGAUUAAAUUAUUAUUUAAUUUUAACAGUGCUAGGAAUGUCAUAAUUUUAAGAUUCACAUCAUGAUA